UUAUUUGCUUGACAACAUUGACUUGACAAUUUACCUGUCAUGGACGAUUAGUGGGUACUGGUAGGAGUUAUUUAUUAGUGCAGACUGUUCAGGUCCUUAGAAAACUGAUUAUUUUCAUCUAAAUAUGUUAUAACAUCUUAAAUAAUAACUGAUUACAGCGUUCCCUGAGCAUUUUAAUUGUAUCUAUUAUUGUUUAAAUAUUGUCAAAACUUACUCGUAGAUAAGAAUACUAGUCAUUUGAAAAUAUUGUGAUUAUGGUGAUAAUGGCCUACCGUGUUUUAUUAGUCUUUAUUUUAGCAAUAAUAUGUGUGAGGACCGAGGAAGAAGCAGCUACGCGAAUGUCAAGAUCAGAACGCCAGAGUUUAAAGGAGGAGGCGCGAAAAAUGUUCUAUCAUGCAUACGAUGCCUACAUGGAGAACGCCUACCCUGCUGAUGAACUAAUGCCGUUAAGCUGUAAAGGACGAUGGAAGGGCAUCACGCCGAGUCGAGGUGACAUGGAUGACGCUCUCGGAAACUUUUCCCUGACUUUGGUGGACAGUUUGGAUACGCUGGCCGUUUUAGGGGAUUUCUCAGAGUUCAGUCGCGCCAUCAAGCUCGUCAUCAAAGAUGUCACUUUCGACCAUAACAUUGUUGUUUCUGUGUUUGAAACUAACAUUAGAAUGCUCGGGGGAUUGUUGUCAGCCCACGUAUUGGCCACCAACUUGAAAAACGAGGUGCCCGCCUUGCAGUGGUAUAAUGGGGAACUGCUUGCAAUGGCGGAGGAUUUGGGCAAGAGGCUAUUGCCAGCUUUUAACACGUCCACUGGGAUACCACAUGGGAGAAUAAACCUUCGGCAUGGCAUGCGAGGGAUGUCGGAAUCCCGAGAGACGUGUACGGCGUGUGCAGGCACCAUGAUCCUCGAGAUGGCAGCACUGUCACGUUUAACAGGCAAUCCUGUGUAUGAGCAAAAGGCACACAAAGCUAUGGACAGGCUGUGGAAGAUUAGGCAUAGGACAUCUGAUCUGAUGGGCACUGUAAUAAAUAUACAUUCCGGUGACUGGGUUCGCAAGGACGCUGGAGUUGGAGCUGGUAUUGAUUCCUACUACGAAUACUGCCUCAAGGCUUACAUCCUACUCGGCGAUGAAAAAUACCUGGCCAGGUUCAAUAGACACUACAACGCUGUCAUGAAGUACAUCAGUAGAGGCCCAGUUAUGCUGGCCGUUCACAUGCACAGACCUCAUUUACAAUCCCGGAACUUCAUGGACGCUCUGCUUGCUUUCUGGCCUGGACUUCAAGUGCUACUCGGUGACGUGCGACCCGCCGUCGAAACACAUGAGAUGCUCUACCAAGUCAUGCAACGGCAUACCUUCAUACCUGAAGCUUUCACUUCCGAUUUCCAGGUGCACUGGGGUCAACAUCCGCUGAGACCGGAGUUUUUAGAAUCCACUUAUUUCCUCCACCGCGCUACAGAAGACGACCAUUAUCUUCAAGUCGGAAAGACUGUACUAAAGGCGUUGCAACAGUAUACUAAAGUGCCUUGCGGGUAUGCGGCCGUUAAUGAUGUCAGAACACGGAAUCAUGAGGACAGAAUGGACUCGUUCGUGUUAGCCGAGACCUUCAAGUAUCUUUACAUGCUCUUUGGCGAAGAUAAAGAUAUCCCCGUAAAACUGGAAGACUAUGUGCUAACCACGGAAGCACACUUUUUACCGCUGUCCCUGGCAACAGACGGUAAAAACACCUCACAAUUAUCAUUGAAAAUUGAUGAUGAAGAUGACGACAAAUACAGAAAGACUUGUCCGAAUACAGCGUCGUUGGUUGCGGAGAAGGUUCGGCGUCCGAUGCGUCAGUUACUUGGUUCAACGUCGGCGCGACCUCCUGCCCGCCUGCGCCCCCUCAACGACCCUCGACAGAUACACACUCUCUCCGAUAUGGGGAUAUCAGUCCUGACACUCCCAGAUGGCAGAGUCCAGCUGCUCUACACUACCUCGACGGCAAAGUCUGCAAAAGACGCCGCGGAAGGGCUUACGUUUAUGCGUGAAAUGUCAAAAUGGAAUUCCAUGAGUGAUAUAGAGAAUGGCGUCGUUCCAGCAGGCGUGAAGGUCCAUGACAAGAUCUUCCCUGCCGGGCCGGGACAUUUCGGUAAAGAGAUCACUGCUAAUACCCAGUACGUUAACUCUGUCGCUUUCGUCAUUCCACUAGAUGCUUGCUCACCCAUUGAAAACGCAAAAGUAGUUGAAGGCAAGUUUGGCAUUGCCAAACGUGGACAAUGCACUUUCGCACAAAAAGUACGGCACAUGCAAAAUGCUGGCGUUACUUUAGCUAUCAUCUUCGAUAAUAUACCAGACUCAACGCAUGAGAGUACAGCCUUGUUUGCAAUGUCUGGCGAUGGGAAAGAUGACAUUGAAAUACCCGCUGUGUUUUUAUUCUCGCAAGAAGCUCGUUACCUUUUCGAUAGUUACCUGGAUAAUCGAGAAAUGAAAGUGACAGUGGGCGAGUUGAAAGCGAUGAAAGCACAAUACGAAGACGUAUGCGACGAGGGUAAUUGUGAAACUGUACUGGAAACACCCAAUGUAUCAAACGACAAAGUGUCAUUCGAACAUCUUAAAAAAGUUCUGAGUCAGCUGGCGACGCAGUUCGAGUUAUCGUUAUCCAAUGACGAACAGAAAACUUGUAGCGACGAAUCAGAGGACGUUGUUUCGACAAAGGACAAACAAUCUAGCGAAGACGGUAGUAUAGAGGGCCCUCCUAGUUGUUCUGCAAAGAUUGACACAAACAACUCGAAGGAAUCGAGUAAACCAGUUGUUAAAGACAAUGUGGAAGAUAUAGAGAACAAGUCUGAUAAAAAGGCAGAGGACGGUUUUUGACCAUUGGAAGUUAGCGAUGUGCAAAGGAUUGAUACAAAACUUACGGUAACCUUGCCUUACAUUAUGUGAUGGUUCUAAGUGAAAUACUGUAAAAAACUCAGGCAUUGUAUUUGUGGCUAGCAAUAACUAUUCAGAGACGCUGUCAACGGAGAUUUCUAAGCUCGGUACCCAGAUUUUUGUAUAAGUUUUAAAGUCUGAACUUACUUCUAUAUUUAGGCACUGGUAAACUAUAGGAAAGUCUGUAACUCUAAUUAGAGAAUUAGUAAAUAACUUUUGAACUAUUGUACAAAAGUUAAGGGAAUGUUUCGUAUAUUCUACCAAUCGAACGUCAAUGUAUCAUAAUAUAAUAAAUAUUAGUUUAAAUUUCAAUAUAGCCGUAUCGUAAUUUUAUACUAUACCUAUAAUAAAAUUGGAAUAGGUGUACACAACGUGCAAAUUUUAGUGAUCAAUGGCAAUACUAGGCUCAAGUGUCUUGAUUAUGAAUGUUGUAUAAUUUAAUUAAUAUACAAAUAGAAUUUAUAAUUCUAUUUUAAAUAUAUUUUAUUGUAUAUGUUCUGGCCCGUGGCCCAAGAACUAGGAACAAAAUAGCUAGGCAUAAUAAUGCUAUUGCCAGAUUGAUAAUAUUGCCUGAACAAUAAUUAUUAACAAACUUGCUUGCAUUGCAGUUACGUACGUGGCUGUUUGAUUUUAAUACUUGCCGGAAAAAUGCAUCAAAUUGUUGUACCACCUUUUUAUAAUUUCCGACGCCCAUUUUCUAUUUAUUUAGUCUUUUUUACUACGACAUCAAUGAUGUCUUGUCUUUUAUACUUGCUAGUUUUACUUUACAUGCUACUGUCUGUAUGUAGAUAUAUUUAUUUUUAUUUAUACUAUCAUUUAAGUGCUGCAAUAAUAUGUAUUUAAUAUCGAAAUAGAAUAUAUAUAUAAAUUCAGGCGAAGCCACGUGUAGUUUAUCAAUAAAAUAUGUUUUUUAUACAAGUUAUGUAGUAUAAUUAUAAAAAAACACGAUAGUGUCAGUACAACUACAUUGUGAUGUAAAUACUAUAAACAUGAAAAUGUAAAUUACAUCUAACAUCAAUUUUAUGUAAAUAAUAUCAUAGUUGUACUACAAUGUAUAAAACUUUUGUACAUAUUGUUCGUAAGGUAAAUAAUUUUAUAUCCGUUUCACAUAGGAAGGGUACGGUGACGCUUAGUGUUUUCAAAAACUAGGGAUAUUAGAUAUGAUUCUAAAAAAUAUCGUAAUACAAAUAUCGGACGAACAUCGUUACGAAAUUGUCACAGGUCGAUUCUCUGAUUGGCUAAACUUUUAUUAAGAAUCUACUAUUCUUG